UGGCGUCUUGGAACGUACUUUGAAUUUCAAUGGCAGGUGAACGUGUUGUUUUAUCAAUGUUAGAUACGCUCGACGCACCACAAAACUAUAAUUCGCACAGUUUAAGCGUGAAGUUUUUAUUUACGUGUUGGAAAGUGACAUCCACUAGUCCCGUGGAAGUGAGAAAGUUCGGAAGUGGUGUGCUUACUUCUGGUACCCUCGGAAAUGUGCCUAUUUCAAAUCGGGCGUCUUCUUCUUGUCUCCUUUUGGACAUUGGGUGGUGAUAUUAACUUUUAGGGCUUUCCCGACCCAACGGUAAAUAUGAAAAAGAUUGGACGCUGUCGAAUAUAUCUUUCUGGUUGCUCCAACUUCGUAAAUUUGAAACACAUAUUCCAGUGUACGUGAAUGUCUCAGCGGAUCCGCCUGGCUCUUCGCCUCGGUAGCGUGAAGGACAAACACAAUGCUUACACAGGACCUUUAUUUUAUGUACCAUGGAUGUAUGCUGCCAAAUGAAACCCACUCCCAAGAAAGCCUGACAUUUUUUGCACAGGACUUCACGUUUAAAGACGACGACGCCAUUGCCGUCACGUACCCAAAGUCAGGUACAAUCUGGAUGCAAGAGCUCCUCCCGCUGGUGCUGAGUGGGGGGGACUUGACGCCCAUUCAAACCAUUCCCAACUGGGAUAGAGUUCCCUGGCUGGAGGAGAAAAGAUUAAAAGUAGUUGUGGAUCAAUUGUCUUCUCCACGAGCGCUGGUCACACAUUUUCCUUAUCAACUCAUGCCACAGUCCUUCUUCUCCUCAAAAGCCAAGGUGAUCUAUGUAAUGAGGAACCCCAAGGAUGUCAUUGUGUCUUCCUAUUACUUCCACCAGAUGGCCACUUUCCUUGAAGACCCUGGAACCUGGGAUGAAUUUAUGGACAAAUUCCUGGAAGGCAGAGUGAUGUUUGGCAAAUGGACCGACCAUGUCAAGAGUUGGAGGCACACAGAGCUGGGAGACAGAAUCAUGUAUAUCACAUAUGAGCAAAUGAUUCAGGACCUUCCUGCAGCUGUGCGUCUUAUUUCCGAUUUCCUGGGGAAGAACCUGAGUGACAAAAUCAUUGAGAAAAUAGCCUACCACUGUUCUUUCAACUCCAUGCAGGCCAACAUCAUGUCUAACUUCAGUUUGGUCCCCAAAGUAUACAUGGACUCUGACAAGUCUCAGUUCCUUAGGAAAGGUGUUGUUGGGGACUGGAGAAAACAUUUUAGCUCCGAGCAACUGGUCCACUUCUCCUCUGCCAUUUACAAGGAGCUGGAGGGCGAGCGCUUCACUCUGCCAUGGAGCCUGGAUGGCGCAACGGAUGUAGCAAAUGUGGUUGCACAAGUUUAAAUGCCACAGCUGAAGUUUCAAAGUUAGGUUAUUUCAUACUCAAAUACAACCCUAAUUCCAAUGAAGUUGGGACGUUGUGUUAAACAUUAAUAAAAACAGAAUACAAUGAUUUGCAAGUCAUGUUGAACCUAUAUUUAAUUGAAUACACUACAAAGACAAGAUAUUUAAUGUUCAAACUGACAAAUGUGAUUGUUUUUAGCAAAUAAUCAUUAACUUAGAAUUUUAUGGCUGCAACACGUUCCAAAGAAGCUGGGACAAGUGGCAAAAAAGACUGAAAAAGUUGAGGAAUGCUCACUGUACUGCAUCAAAAACCGAUAUCAAUGUGUAAAGGAUAUUACCACAUGGGCUCAGGAACACUUCAGAAAACCAUUGUCAGUUAACACAGUUCAUUGCUACAUCCACAAAUGCAAGUUAAAACUCUCCCAUGCAAAGCAAAAGCCAUUUAUCAACAACACCCAGAAAUGCAGCCAGCUUCUUUGGGCCCAAGCCCAUCUGAGAUAGACUGACGCAAAGUGGAAAAGUGUUCUGUGGUCCGACGAGUCCACAUUUCAAAUUUAUUUUGGAAAUUGUGGACGUCAUGUCCUCUGGGCCAAAGAGGAAAAGACCCAUCCGGACUGUUAUGGACGCAAAGUUCAAAAGGCAGCAUCUGUGAUGGUAUGGGGCUGUGUUAGUGCCAAUGGCAUGGGUAACUUAGACAUCUGUGAAGGCACCAUUAAUGCUGAAAGGUACAUACAGGUUUUGGAGAAACCUAUGCUGCCAUCCAAGCAACGUCUUUUUAAUGCACGCCCCUGCUUAUUUCAGCAAGACAAUGUCAAACCACAUUCUGUACGUGUUACAACAGCGUGGCUUCGUAGUAAAAGAGUGCAGGUACUAGAGUAGCCUGCCUGCAGUUCAGACCUGACUCCCAUUGAAAAUAUGUGGCGCAUUAUGAAGCGUAAAAUACGACAACGGAGACCCCGGACUGUUGACCAGCUGAAGCUGUACAUCAAGCAAGAAUGGUAAAGAAUUCCACCUACAAAGCGUCAACAGUUAGUGUCCUCAGUUCCCAAACGUUUAUUGAUUGUUGUUAAAAGAAAAGGUGUUGUAACACAGUGGUAAACAUGACCCUGUCCCAGAUUUUUGGGAAUGUGUUGCAGCAAUAAAAUUCUAAGUUAAUGAUUAUUUGCUAAAAACAGUGAAGUUUAUCAGUUUGAACAUUAAAUAUCUUGUCUUUGUAGCGUAUUCAAUUAAAUAUAGGUUGAACAUGGUUUUCUAAUCAUUGUAUUCUGUUUUUAUUUGUUUAAGACAACGUCCCAACUUCAUUGGAAUUGGCGUUGUAUUAUACACAAGACUUAACCCGCCUUUCCCCUGUUGACUAAUCUAGUUUGCAUUGUCCCCACUACCUGAAUUUAGUAUGAUGCUGGGACGUAUACUAUGCAGGUUUAGUGCUUCACAUGGGCCAUGGCAGGCUUCAUUAUCAAUAUAGUUACUGUACACUAACUGGCCUCUUUAUUAGGUGCACCUGCACAGUCAAUUGAGAUCCAAUACAAUACCAAUACAUUGGAACCUCGAUAAAACGUACCCCGAUAUAACUGAUAUCGGAUAAAACGGACCAUCGGCACUGAACAAGGCGUCCAAAAAUAGUUUCCAUUUGUCACUUAAAAUGCCGUUGACAAAGUCUGGUAGUUCCAGAAUUGGCCGCUGUUGUUUACUGGCGCUGUGGUGUAAUGCAGGCAGAGAAUGGCGAGUGAUGUAUUUCCGGGUCAAGGCUAUACUAAUUAUACUCGAUCCUCCUGUUGUUGAGGGUGGGGCAUUGACGUUGUGGCCAUGUGACAAUGGUAAAGCUAUUGUCCAUUGUACAUACAGUAGAGCAGAGAGAGAGAGCAUCAUGGCUGCAGCGUUAACUGUGAGAAGUACAAGACACAUCUUUGGAGUCUGGAACAAGCUAUUUUUGGUACAGUAACAGUUUCUUUUAAAUAUUUUUUUUGUCAAGCCGUUUGCUUUUGCAAAUGGAAUUAGGAAGCACACAAAUUCCCCGCGGCUCAUGAAAGCGACUCGCCUAUGAUGAGUACUGUAUGUCAACAAUGUCACCAUGACGAAGCACACCGGAAUGGUAAGUUUGGAUAAAAUUUGAAACUUUCAAACAUUUUAAAGCUUUUUUACAAAUAUUUGUUUACAAUAACGUUGUACUGUACUUGAUGUUUUAGGCCACACAAAAAAAUCUACAAAACAACAAUUUUGUACUGUACAGUAAUAUGCAUGGAUAUGGCCAUAAAAUAAGUGCUUCAAUGUAACGGACAAUCGGCUAUAUCGGACGAUCCCCUCCCCUAUUACUCCGCUCUAUCAAGGUUCCACUGUAUAUUAAAAGAACGGGCCAUGCAUGUAUUACUUAACAAACAUCAUGUAUACCUACUGCCAUACUAACAAGCAUAAUUCUUAUAAUCACUGCAUAUGUUUUUAACCUCAUGAGUAUAUUGGUUCUUAGCUUGCAUGAUAUUGAAAUACAUUACUUACCACAAGCAUUUUAUUUUUAAUCACUACUUGGGUGCCUUAUUUACCUAGUUACAAAUGGGAUGAUCAAAUGCUUGUAAUUUCAUUUUCCAUUUACCUUUUAGCGUAUAUGAUGGUACUAAAAUAAAUUUCUUUUUUUUUAUUAGAUUGCUUUGCUAAUGGAUUUAUUGCAGGCUAAUGUUUUUUGGAAUGCUAAAGGAUUCCUUUUGUUUUAUAAAAAUAUUUUUGGAACUCA